AUGCCCAGACUACGUAGACAAUCCACUUUGCAACGACAAAGAUUAAUGGCAGUUAGACUUAAUAAUUACCGAGAACAAAAUGUCACUGCUGACCGCCUUCGAAACGCACAAACGUUAGCAGAAAGGAGACGAAGCCGCGAAUUUAGGGAGCAAGAACGACAAAGGGAUCGCAUAUCCCAUCAAGAUCGAAGAAGGUCCUCUUUGAUACGAAGUGUGGAACAAAUUCGGAAUACCAAUGAACACCAUACUCGUAGACAAAAUGAGACGUACCGACGAGUUGAAAGGGAGAGGGAUGCUAUUAGUCACCGAAAUCGUAGGGAAAAUGAAGAAUAUAGGGCAGCCGAACAGGAACAAAAUACGGAUGCACAUAGGACUCACAGACAAGAUGAAAGUUACCGACAAGUUGAAAGAGAGAGGGAUGCUAUUAGUCACCGUAACCGUAGGGAAAAUGAAGAAUAUAGGAUAUUCGAACAGGAACAGAAUACGGAUGCACAUAGGACUCGUAGGCAAGAUGAGACUUACAGACAAGUAGAAAGGGAGAGGGAUGCUAAUAAUCACAGACGCCUUAGGGAAAAUGAAGAGUAUCGUUUAUUUGAGCAAGACCAAAAUUCGGAUGCACAUAGGACUCGCAGACAAGAUGAGAACUACCGACAAGUAGAAAGGGAGAGGGAUGCUAUUAGUCACCGAAAUCGUAGGGAAAAUGAAGAAUAUAGGAUAUUCGAACAGGAACGGAAUACGGAUGCUCAUAGGACUCGUAGGCAAGAUGAGACUUACCGACAAGUAGAAAGGGAGAGGGAUGCUAAUAGUCACAGACGCCUUAGGGAAAAUGAAGAUUAUCAAAGGGAGAGGAAUGCUAUUAGUCAUCGAAAUCGUAGGGCAAAUGAAGAUUAUAGGAUAUUCGAACAGGAACAGAAUACGGAUGCUCAUAGGACUCGUAGGCAAGAUGAGACUUACCGACAAGUAGAAAGGGAGAGGGAUGCUAUUAGUCACCGAAAUCGUAGGGAAAAUGAAGAAUGUAGGAUAUUCGAACAGGAACAGAAUACGGAUGCUCAUAGGACUCCUAGGCAAGAUGAGACUUACCGACAAGUAGAAAGGGAGAGGGAUGCUAUUAGUCACAGACGCCUUAGGCAAAAUGAAGAAUAUAGGAUAUUCGAACAGGAACAGAAUACGCAUGCUCAUAGGACUCGUAGGCAAGAUGAGACUUACCGACAAGUAGAAACGGAGAGGGAUGCUAAUAGUCACAGACGCCUUAGGGAAAAUGAAGAAUAUAGGAUAUUCGAACAGGAACAGAAUACGGAUGCUCAUAGGACUCGUAGGCAAGAUGAGAUUUAUCGACUGGUAGAAAGGGAGAGGGAUGCAAAAAUUCCCAAUGUUCUUCGAGAACUAACGCCAUUGGAAGAAAGAUUCGUUUCACCUAGAAUUCCACUCAUGAGAAUAGUUUCUCUUGGCUAUAACCGUCAAUGUGGUGUAAGGGGUGCUGUGGUUAACGUUCCCAUUCAGUUAUCCUCAACGGUAAAUGUACUUCCGAGAACAAUAGAUCAAACAGAAGUUGUACAAGUCUAUCUGAAGCGCAGGUUAAUGUACGAGCAUAGUUUCAUGACUGAAACAAUUAGACCGACCAAAAUUUUCCAAGCUGCAAGGGAAGACCAACAAAUACUGUCCCGAUUUGAAAAUAACUGCACGUUGCAAAAUGAAGUUGAGGAAUAUAAUCCUCAGGAAACUUUAUUAGAUAAUAUUCCAGUGGAAAAUCUUCCUUUGCAACGUAUAUCAAUUGCUCCGGGCGAGGGACAAAGACCAAUCGAUAUGUUGAUGGAUGAAGAUUCAGAAGAAUUGUCGUAUCCUACAAUAUAUUGGAAUUAA